AUGCUAGUCGCAUCAGUUGACAAGACUAUGCAACAGUCCGAUACCCGAGGACGCUGUGAAAUGAACAAACAAAUUCUGCGCCUGUGCUACUUUGAAGUAUUUCUCCUGUGGCUCGCGAAUAAUAUUGGCGCUGUCGAGGUAAACGAGGAGUCUUCUAAAGAUGAAGGAUGUUUGGAUCCUCCUUUAAUAAUUUACUUAGAUGCAGGAAAUGAAAUAGAAGCUUUAAUAAAAUCAGUCGAAACAAUUCGAAGACAGCAAAAAGACACGGAGGAUGCGCUACAAAGAGUCCAAAUUAUUAUGGAAAAAUAUGAGAAGCGCUUAGCGGAACUUGAGAGCAAAUUGCAGUCUACUGCUAUUCUUCAACAAGAUGAAAAAACUCUUAUGGAAAAAAAUGGGAAGCGCUUAGCGGAACUUGAGAGCAAAUUGCAGUCUACUGCGAAUCUUCAACAAGAUGAAAAAACUCUUAUGGAAAAAAAUGAGAAGCGCUUAGCGGAACUUGAGAGCAAAUUGCAGUCUACUGCGAAUCUUCAACAAGAUGAAAAAACUCUUAUGGAAAAAAAUGGGAAGCGCUUAGCGGAACUUGAGAGCAAAUUGCAGUCUACUGCGAAUCUUCAACAAGAUGAAAAAACUCUUAUGGAAAAAAAUGGGAAGCGCUUAGCGGAACUUGAGAGCAAAUUGCAGUCUACUGCGAAUCUUCAACAAGAUGAAAAAACUCUUAUGGAAAAAAAUGGGAAGCGCUUAGCGGAACUUGAGAGCAAAUUGCAGUCUACUGCGAAUCUUCAACAAGAUGAAAAAACUCUUAUGGAAAUAAAUGGGAAGCGUUUAGCCGAGCUCGAGAGAAAAUUGCAGUCUACUGCGGUUAUGGAACAACAGUAA